UGGAAUAAACAAAAAUGCUAGUUCUACUUGAGAUAAAACAAUUAACCAUGCUGAUUUGUCGUUGAUUAUAGCCGAGAUAUCGCCUCAAGACCCGGCCAAGAUGGAUCGGUUCGCAUUCAAGAUCGACGCGGCCCUGAAGGCGAAUCUCUGCAAGAUCUGUCGGCUGUGCGGCAUCGAUAAUCCGGGAAAAGUGCAAAUACUGCUGCCAAAUGGUGAAGACACCAUCGACUUGGACGAGCCCAGUAUGUCCCAGAAGAUCUACGAACUGUUGGGCUUUACGGUGGCCAUGGACGAUAAAAUGCCGCAGACAAUGUGCAGCCAGUGCGUGGAGAAAAUCAAUGAUUUUUAUGAGUUUCGGGAAAUGUGCUAUGCCACAAACAAGCAAACGCGCAACCUGCUGGGACUAAAGCAAAUAGAGCCCACAAAGCUUAUUGAUCUGAAACCCAUUGUAAAGGAGGAACUGCAGCUUUCUGAAGCAGCUGGCAAACGGGGUAGGAAACGCAAGGGCGAAGACACCAGCUGGCCAAGAUGUAACCUUAAUGUCAAGCCACAGGUCAAAAAGGAGCCAUUUGUGUGGCACAAGAAGCAGCGAAUGCAGCCUCCACAGACACAGGCCACCAUACAGCCCAAAAUUGAGCCGGAAAUCAAAAAGGAGCCGGCUGAACAGGAGACCAGCCUUAGAUUGCCACACAAAAAGGGAGGUCGCAAGUCCAUUUGCAGCGUCUGCGGCGAGAAAUUUCUCAGCAAGGAACUGGCCGAUGAGCACAAAACUCUGGUGCAUGUACCCUCGAUUCCGCGCUACAUGUGCAAUGCCUGCAACCAGACGUAUUACAUACAGAGCGACAUUCGCGCACAUCAGCUGUGGCACAAGCUCUCGAAGACGCCCUACAAGUGUCCGCUGUGCGACAUGAGCGUGGCCAAUGCCUAUGCCUUUGCGCGUCACCUGCGGGAGCACACACCCUCCACUCCCGUCCAGCUGCUCGUCCUGGAUCGCGAGUGCCCGCUGUGCAAGAAGACCUUCGUCACGAACUUCUUCUACAACACUCACCGCUGUGCCAUCCGCAAACGCAAGUGCGGCGGCUGCAGUCGCGCCUUAAACACUGAGGCCGCCUACAUGCGCCACGCCCCCACCUGCCCGAAGAUUUACCUCAGUCACUCGAAGCACAUAAUGCCCGAGGAGGUGACGCAUGAGGCCCAGAUGCCCAUCAAGAACGAGGUGGAGGACGACUUGCUGGGCCUGCCUCCGGCCAUUGCUGUGCCGCCGGAUUUUGUGAUAGACGAGGCCAUGCAGCCAAUGGUGGUCCUGGAGCGCCUCUCAUCGCCUUUGCUGCGCGCUUCGUCUGAGGUUAAUCGACUGGGCGCCACCAAGGGCAAAAAUAGCGAUCGAGUGUCGUCCAAGAAGUACUUGAAACGAGUGGAUCAGUUGCUCAAGAACACCAUAAGCACGCUAGUCAGCAUCAAGCACGAGCCGGAGGUGCACAUCAAUGACACGGGACCAGCGUUAGAGGAGCCGGAGCGGCAUGAGGAGGAACCUUCAUGCUAUGGCGAUGAUUUCCAGGCAGCUAACGAUGAUGACAGCGACGAGGAACCGGAGCAACCGGAGGCAGCAUCUGAAGCAGCUGCUGCCACUGCCAGUGACGAUGUGCCCAGUGUAUCGGUCAAACAGGAACUCCUAGAUGACGCCUAUGAAAAGCAAAUGGGUGUGAAACAGGAGCCACUCAAACUUAAGCUGAAAAUAACCAAGAAUCAUGGCAAGCUAAACUCUUCGCUCAUAGACGAUCUGGAUGAGGCAGGUCAGGCAUCUGGCAGAAGUAGCAAAAAGAAAAAGAAGCGAAAGCACAAGGAACGGGAGAAGGAGGCCUUGACGGAGGCAGCAACAGAAUCUCAGCCUGUUGUUAGGAUCAAACAAGAACCCAUUGAUUUUGUGCCCGAGGCCAUGGUCAUGACCACCAUACCCAUGACCCAAUUCGAAAGCAGCUUCAAUGACAACCAACAGGACGAGGAAGAGGUUGAGGCCAUGGCACAGUCCCAGGAAGAUGUUAAGCCCAAUCGCAUGGAGCUGGAUCGUAUGAUGCAGAUUUCGCAUGUGGCCAGUGGCGUGGAUAUGGCUGAAGAGGCUCUGCCUUUGGAGAGAGCCGAAGAAGCCACUCCCGAUGAACAAGAGCCGCCGCCCAAGAAGAGCCCGCCAAAGGUGAAUUCGGUAAAAUCCACGGCACGCAAAAGUACUGGAGGCGCUCAACGCAAGCCGCAUACUCCACCCAAGCAGCCGCCUCUGCCGAAGAUUGUGGCAGUGGAGAGUGGCGAGGCGGUGGCCUUUAACAUGGUGCCCGAUAUUUCCAUCAAGCCGGAGCCCCGCAACCGCGGCUAUGGGGAUGAACUCGAAGAAGAAGCGGGAGGAGCAACCACAGAAGAGAUUAACCACAACGACAAGAUGGACGAGGAGGAUGCCUACAUAGACAGUUUAGAUUUGAACAAUGUGAGCGUUAAGAAGGAGAAAGACUUGGACAUUUCCGAACCAGAGGCCAUGCACUGCAAUGGAUUGGAGAAGGGCGACGGCGAUAAUAGCGAUGGCGACGACACUGGAUCAUCGGCCGAUGAAGCUGAGGAAGCCAUGGAGGAGGAGGAAGAGGAGCGCAUUUAUCGUGAAAUCGAGUUGCCGCCACUGGAACCUCAGAACGAGGAACAGGAAGCAUCACAUGCCACCCAAGCGGUGCCCGAGAGAAUGGAACCUUCAGCUGCAUUGCCAGCCGGGGAGACACCUCCGCAAACUCCGGAAUUAUUUGGUGCGGAAAAACCACCAGUGCCUGCUUUCAGUUUGGUCAUAACUAAUAUCUGCAGUCAAGCCACUGAAGAGGUGCAAUCCGCGGUAGAUAUUACCUCUAAUAUGGAAAGAUUCCCGCGUACUGCCAUCGAGGGCCAAUCUGGGUCAGAUUUAGCAAUGGCUCUCCCGCCUUCUGCAAUGGAGAUCCAGCAUUCAAUGGAAGAACCCACUAACCUUGUCGUACAAUCCCAAACAGAGCUUUGCUCUACCACUGAAAAUCCUCCGCCCUCCGCAAGUGAUAUCCAAUCAUCUAUAGAAUCGCAUAUUCAAGUUGAAACCCCCUCCAUAGAUAAUCUCCAAAAUCGUUCUUUAACUGCCAUAGAAGUACAAUCUUCGAUUGAUGCUGCUCCUAACCGUGAAGGUGGACAUCAGUACGUGGAAAAUAGUGGAUCUAACAUUGAACCAUUAAGUGCUUCAGUUGAGAGUCAAUCCCUGGAAAUUGCAUCACAAACUCCCUCACUCCCAGCUGAAGACGAGAUAGGAUCCAUACCAAGUGGAAGCUCUGCUGUGGAUACCCUUGCAAUUCCUAUACCCGAAAACCUUGCACACACACCCUCACCCCCGGAAUCUCUGGAGAAAUCGGUCCACGACCAUGACUUGGCAGACUCUCUACCAACGGUUUCCCUCAACGCUCCCGAAAACAGCAGUAGUUCUCCAACUAAAUUGGUUAACAGCUAUACAUGCGACAAGGAGCAGCAGCAGAAUGUUCUAAACCAGGAGCUCUCCGAGCAGCAACAGCCGCCAUCAGAAGAAAUACAGCAGUUGGUUCACGAGGAGCAGCCGGCUAUACUUGAGCUGCUUCCAGCGGGAUCCUCGUCCACGAGGCCAACUGAGGAGACUGAGAACCGCAUCAAUGAGCAGCAGCAGCUGCAGCAGCAGCAGGAGGAGCAACGACAACCGCGCUGCCAGGCCAACGAUGACUCAAAUAUCAACGAAAUAGCCGAGAACAAUAACAAUGCCAACAUUGAGCGCGAACUGCAAGAUGAUGCUGCGCUCGGGGCUCAGGAAAACGUAAAUCCGUAGACUACGAUUAGAUGAUAGGCCAUAUUCAAUAUACAAUUACAUGUUCUUUUCGAUUCUGUUCAAAAAUUGUAAAUAUGUAUGGAUGGUAAAUCGUGCUUAGGUAAUUGGAUAGCCCCAGCGUAUAAACAAUACCACAAAUUGCGAAUAAACUUUUUAUGGAUAGCAUUAGUUUUAAGUUA